GGCCCCUAUCACUAAUAAAGGAUGUCACGUGAUACGAAUCUGGAGUAUGUAUAUCCUGUGCGGGUUGACCAAAUAUUCGUUCUCUUCCUCUCCCACAUACCUAUUCUUCUCCGCCCAGGGCUUCAAACCAUGGGCCAAAUCCUUCAAAAAUUUCAGGGUAAGCAGUGGAGAGAGACUCAAAUACAAAAAAUAACAGACAAGGUAUUUGACCGUGUCAAACUUGAUUCAGGAAGAGAAAAUCUGAAGUUUGAAGACCUUUAUAUUGCUGUACUGCUUGUCUUCAAUGAUAUCAAUAAACGUUUGCCGGGUCCUCAUUUUGAUCCUCCUACAAAAGAUGAAGUUAGAGCCCUGAUGAAGGAGUGUGAUAUCAAUAUUGACGGAGAACUGGACCGCGAAGAGUUUGUCAAGUUUAUUAGGAAAUUAACGAAGGAUACUUUUAUUAUUGUGAGUCAGGGACUACUUAUUGCCUUGGCAGCAGCACCAACUAUCGCUCUGCUAACGAAGAGGUCAACAGAGGGAGUCCCUCAUGUUGGAAAGGUGGUUCAGAAGAUUCCCAAUUCUCUCUACGCUUCCCUUGUGACUCUUAUAGUGGUGCUGUUUCAGCAAGCAGCUGAGACAAAAGAAUAAAGAACUGUCUUCUUUUUACACAUAAAACACACUUCUAUACGUGCCAGUAGGCUUACCGUCUCUUUAGUAGAUUGUUGGACAGAUAUUCAAUAAUUCGCUAUAUAUUGACUUGUGAAAAAUGACAAUGAUGUAAAUCCUUUUCCUUGUAGCA